AUGGAGCGCCGGACGCGUCCUCCUGACGUCGAGGAGGCGCUGUCCUCGAUGCUGUGGACGCCCUACGAGCGGACACCCUCGGCCACGUCCUCCGACGAGGGCGAGGCGUCGCCGCGACGGCCGGCCAGGAGCAAAGGGAAGUCCGUGAGCUUCGCGCAGAGGCCAUACAGCAUGCCCUACUUCAUCCCGACGCCCCACCUCGCCAAACCGCCGUCUUAUGAGAAUUUCGUGUUCGCCAAGAAGAUUCCCGCGUCGUCGAUCAACAGCUUGCCUUACUCGAGAAUGCCGCACUCGUUCACUGACAACUUCGUCCAGUACCAGGACUCUCUGGGCGCCGCGGGCCGCUUCUCCGCCGGCGACUUUGGCGCUUUGGUGGACUUGUCGCCGCUCGUCGGCAAGGGCGAGCGUGUGAUGUAUGCGUCGUCGUCGGGCUGCCAUGGAGACCUACAUUUUUCCAAAUGCGACACCAUCGUGCCUGCCCGAGCGGGCCCGACGCCGAACAGCACACUCGCGGAUCUACCUUCAGUGUUUGGGGUCAGUAAACCUCGUGGCGAUCGCCCGAGUGUGUGUGCCUCACAUGGUGCAUCGGCGCGAGUGGUGGGGGCCGCCUCGGUUGCCUCGGAGCCCAGCUCGGCGAGCGGCGGCAGUUGUGUGCGAGUCGACCAGCCGGACGGGUGCUUGUCGCGCGGGAGUGAGCAAGUGGCCCGCAGGAGUGAUUACCAUGCAAUGAGGUUCAGUGUGCCCGCCACGGACGCGCCCGAGGGCGCCGCCACGGUCUUCGUGGCGGACGCGCCGCGGCCCAGCCUCACGAUCCACGUGAACCAGAGUGAUCAAGAGCAGGAUGUUGUGAACCAGCCGUCUGGCGUGAGUAUUGUUAAUUGUUAUCGAGCAGUGCCUGUGCAACUUGUGAGUAGUGCUAAGAGUGAAUCAGUGAAUGCCAAUGAGUGCGCCCGUGACACGCACGUGAGUGAGGAGGUGUGCGCCGAUCCCGAGCGCACCUUCACGUCCACCGAGGCGCAAACGGACGAUCUGCCGGUGCAUCGGCCGCCCGUGAGCGGCAUCAGUGCGCGCGAGCAGCGGCGCCGCGAGCGCCGCGAGAGGCGGCAGGCCAGGAGCAGGUCGCAGCACAUCCAUCCCCACGGGGCGGUAGUGCGGCCGGCCUUCGAGAUACUGCCCGACAUCCUCAACAGCCACCUGCCGCCGCCUUACUCCACGCUGCCGCUCGACACGUCCUCCCCGCCCCCGCCGCCGCUCUUGCCGCCGCCCCUCAUCCCCACGAUCCCCGUGGGGCCCGUGGUGGCGGCCAACGACACCAGAUACGUCUUCCCGCUGCCCAUCAUCAGACGGUCUCCAUCGGAGCGCUCGGGCAAGGGAUGCUGCGGUCAGUGGUUCGCCGGACCCCCGCUGCGAGCCCUGAUUGCCGUCGUGGCGCUGGGCGGCGUGGCGUGUGCAAUCGGAGGAGCUGCCCUGGGCGCCACAGGAUUAGCCGGACCGCCGUCCUCCCACUUGACGGCCGCCCUCCUGAUGAUAGGCGUUGGCAUAAUUCUGGUGACGGUGAGUGGAGCUGCGUGGCGGAUGACGGCUCCGGGAGCGCCACCGUGCUUGGGCCUGGGCACUGGCGCGGACUUCGAUCGCUGCGGCCGGCGGCCCUGCAGUGGCCGCGGCGCCCCGCACGGUCUCCUCUAUCCAGAGUUUCAGCACAGGCCGCCGCCGCCUUCCUACCAAGCCAGCAUGCAGGAGUACAGACUCAGGCUCCUGCUCCUGGACAGGGAUCGCCAGGCGGGUGUUGUCCGGGGUGCCUCCCCGCCGCCCACGUAUCGAUCGGACGCCGGAAGUCUCCUGAGGCCUUCCUUGCGCUGCAACAGUCCAGCCGCCAGCGUUCUAGGCUCUCGGCAGCAGGCGGCGCAGACCUCCGAGCACAGCUUGCCGCCGAGCUAUCGAGCGCGCAGCCGGCUUCGCCGCGGCGGCUCUCGCAUCCCCGAGGCCACCACGGACGUCAGUAUUACGCCGGAGCAGCAGCAACACCAGCAGCAGCUGGCGCAGGCGGAGGCGCCGCGAGUCAGUGAAAAUAGUCAGGCGGCGGACGCCACGGAAGAGGCCGCCAAGGGCGCCGACAGUGGCGCGGCGGCCGCGGCGGAUGGACUGAGUCAGGACGAUCUCGUGACAAUUGUGACGAUUUCCGGCUCGUGCGACGCCAGCGUGCAGAAUGCCACCAGCGAGAUGGACAUCCUGGCGCAUCUGUAGCCGCCGUGCGCCGGCGGCGUGUAGAUAGUGACAAAGAGCCCUCUAAGAAAGUCGAGGAGAACAACUAAACCAUGUGCCUGAUAAACGAAAGAGACAGAGAGAGAGAGAUGACAGAGAGAAGAUUAUUGUGUAAUAAUGUUGAAAGAGAAUUAAUAAAUCAAUUGACGAAAAGUCAUGCGCCAUUUGUUGCUCGGAAA